AACAGGUUUGUGCUAAAGAAAAUGAGUUGGUCACAAUGCAAGAGACAUCAAUACAAACUCUAGCUAAAGAUAACAUAUUAGAAUUUGCAAAUCCUUAUAAGGUAGUUGGCAAAGGAAAAUCUAAAAGAACAAGUCAAAGUAAAAAUAUGUCACAAGAAACAAGCAGCAAGAAAAAAUAUAAAUAUAAUUGCAGAUUUUGCAAAGAACCUGAUCAUAAUAUUGCAACUUGCCCACAUAGAAUAUAA